AUGUUGGAAGGCCUCGUCUCGAACCUGCUCAACAGGUUCCUGGGCAUGUAUGUCCAGAAUUUUGAUCCAAAGCAGCUCAACGUCGGCAUCUGGUCUGGUGAUGUCAAGCUACGCGACCUCGAGCUCCGCCGAGAAGCUCUCGACCAACUCCACCUUCCCAUAAACGUCGUCGAAGGCCACCUGGGCUCUUUGACUCUCUCGAUCCCAUGGUCCAACCUUCGAGGCAAGCCCGUGCAAGUCAAGAUUGAAGAUGUGUACUUGCUGGCUGCCCCAAGAGAAGACGAAGAUUACAACCCCGAGGAUCAAGACAAGCGCGACCAUGCCGUCAAGAUGGAAAAGCUCGACAGCGCAGAGCUGCUCAAAGAAAGAAGCGCAGAAGGCUUGAGUCAAGAAGAGCAACAAAAGAACCAGAGCUUUACAGCCAGUCUGGUUACUGCAAUCGUCGACAAUCUGCAGAUCUCAGUAAAAAAUGUCCACAUCCGCUACGAAGACUCCAUCUCGGACCCUGGCCACCCCUUCGCUGCUGGUCUCACCCUACAAGAGCUGAGUGCCGUCAGUACAGACGAGAACUGGAAGCCUACGUUUAUUCAGAGCACAUCUGCUGGAUCGACACACAAGCUUGCCACUCUUGGUGCCCUAGCCAUAUACUGGGACACGGAUGCCAAGCUACUGGGUUCUGGCAAGGGAUCGCAGACUGCAGAAGAGCAAGGAAUAGAUCACACUACAAUCAUUGACAGAUUCAGAGACAUGAUUGCAAAGAAGGAUGACACCGACUUUGGAGCGCAUCAAUACAUACUCAAACCAGUCACUGGUCGUGCAGGCCUUGAAAUGGACAAGACUGGAAAGCUUGACCGCCCGAAGAUGAAGGCCCGUCUCUUGUUCAAUGAACUGGGCUUUGUCAUUGAUGACGACCAAUACCGCGAUGCUCUCAUGUUGGUCGACCUCUUCCACUACUUUAUCCGACACCAAGAAUACCGCAAGUUCCAGCCAAAAUCAUCUCCAAAGGAGGAUCCGCGCGCCUGGCUUAGGUUCGCGACAAAGUCCGUACAUGACAAAAUCCAUGAACGUAACCGCCGUUGGACUUGGGAUUACUUCAAGGAGCGUCGUGAUGAUCGCAUCAAAUACAUUAGUCUCUUCAAGAAGAAGAAAAAGGAGGAAAAGCUGGCUCCAGAGGAAGCCACUGAACUCGAUCAACUCGAACGCAAGUUGAGCUAUGAAGACUUACGGUUCUGGAGGUCUCUUGCUCGUAAUCAGCUACGCAAGGAAAAUGUUGGUGUCAAAAAGGCUCCACAAAAGCAGACAUGGUCCUCUUGGGUUUGGGGAAGCAAGAAACCUGAAGAGCACCCUGGUGAUGAGACCCAAUUGACAGAAGAACAACGCAAGGAGUUGUAUGAUGCAAUUGACUUUGAUGAGAAGAAGCAACUCGCCGAUGCUGUGGACAUGCCCAAGGAAGCCAUCAAACUUCAAGUAGACAUGAGCCUUAAAGAGGGUAGCUUUACUCUCAAACGCGACCCUCAUGGCAAAGCUACCGAAAUGCUUCACCUCGUCUUUCAAGGGUUCGACACAAAAUUCUUGCAGCGUACUGACUCCAUGCUUGCUGAAGUUAGUCUCGAGACUAUGAAGCUCUUCGAUGGCACGACCGAAGGAAACCUGUUCCCUCAGAUGCUCAAUAUCAAGCAUUCCAUUCCAGACGACAAGAGGAUCGAGGAGGUCAAGGACGAUGAGACUGCAGGUGAUGACGAGGAAGACGAGCAACCUCUAGAUCCCUUCUUUGCCAUGACUUUUGAGAACAACCCUCUUGACGGCCAUGCCGAUACUGACCUGACCGUCAAACUCAAGGCCAUGGAGCUUGUGUACAACCCAAAGUUUGUUGUUGAAGUUGCCAACUUUUUCAAACCUCCAGAGCGCCACAUGGAGUCAAUUGGUGCACUCAUGGAAUCUGCUGGUGCCACCGUUGAAGGACUGAGACAACAGACCCGCGCAGGUCUUGAGUAUGCUCUCCAAGAGCACAAGACCAUUGACGCCAAACUCGACUUGCAGGCCCCCCUCAUCAUCAUUCCCGACUCCGUCACCAAGAAAGAAUCGCUUUGCAUGAUCCUUGAUGCUGGUUACAUCAGUGUGCGAAGCGAACUGAUUGACAAGGAUACUCUGAACGAUGUGCAGUCAAAGCAAAAGCAACAAUACACAGAUGAAGAUUUCAAACGUCUUGAACAACUGAUGUACGACAAGUUCCUCGUCAAGUUGCAAUCCACUCAACUCUUGCUCGGACCAUCCAUCGAGGAGACCAAGAAGCAGCUUGAUGAAAAGAACACGUCAAGACAUUUGCACGUUGUCGAUCGAAUCAACAUCGACUUUACAGUCGAGACAUGCAUUGUUCCUAAAGCACCUGGUCUGACCAAAUUCAGAGUCGGAGGUCAUUUGCCUGUCCUGCAUGCAUCCAUCUCGGACUCCAAGUACAAGAGCUUGAUGAAACUGAUUGAUGUUGCAAUCCCCAAGUUUGGCUCGGAAGAAGACAACACGCAGAAGCCUGCCCAGACCGUACAGAAACAACCUCAGCGUCCUAAACAAAAGAGCAUCAUCGAUACGGACGUCAUAGGAAGACCGCGCUCCAAAUCCUUCCAGUUUUCUGCUCAGAAACAUGAACUCAUCAUGGAAGAAGAAACCGAUAAUGAGGAUGAGGAGUUCAAGGAUGCCAAACAAUCUACUAAAGAACCAACAAAGGAUCUCAACCAGCGCAACUUUGAGUUCAAGUUCAAGGUUGACAAGCUCCAGGGUUCGCUCUACCGCUCGGAUCCGGAUGGCAAAAAACAAGACCAGUUGCUUGUUGAUCUCAUUGCUGAAAACUUUGAUUUGGUCUUCUAUCAGCGCCAGUUCGACAUGGUGGCAGAAGUCAGUCUGCGUACCCUGGCCGUCGAAGAUCACGUCGAGGAAAAUCCGUCUCCCGAGUUUAGAAACCUCAUAUCGUCAGAGGAUCAAGACACUCACGAGCAGCAAAACCUCUUCUCGCUCAAGUUCGUCAAGGUCAAUCCUCAACAUCCAGAAUUCAUGUCGACCUUUGAAGGCAUAGCUACCAAUCUUGAUGUAUCCGUGUCGACGAUCAAUCUGUUAGUGACUCGCAAGACGCUCUUGACUUUACUCGACUUUGUCAUGGUUACAUUUACCAACCCAGGAGAGCCUCAAGCAAACCAGUCACAAGUUGUUGAUUCGACCGAGGUCGAAGAAAGCAAUGCACAGCCUGCAGGUGACAAGAUUCGCAUCAAGGCCCAGUUGAAGCGCAUUGCUAUCAUCCUCAACAAUGAUGGCAUACGUCUAGCCACACUGAGUCUGACAUCUGCCGAAGUUGGCAUCUUCUUGAUGGGCAAGACCAUGAGGGUCGGAGCCAGACUGGGCAACCUAUCUCUUCUCGACGAUGUCAACCAAGGUGUCUCUGAGAAAUCGUCGCUUCGGCAGCUGGUUUCUAUACAGGGCGAUGAGCUUGCUGACUUCCGCUACGAAACCUUUGAUGCAACUUCAGAAGCAUAUCCUGGAUAUGAUACUUCCAUUUACCUCAGAUCUGGUUCGUUGAAGGUAAACUUUGUUACCGAACCUUUCCGCAAGAUUAUGGAGUUUGGUGUCAAAUUCGGCAAGAUGCAGGCCAUCAUGAAUGCUGCUAGACAGGCAGCUGCAAACCAAGCCAACAACAUUCAAGAGCGUGCUAGCAAGAUGCACUUUGACAUUCGCAUCAAGACCCCAAUUGUGGCUUUCCCCCGUAUGGUCAUCACCGAUUCUCCCGAACGCGAUGUUCUCACCGCCUACUUGGGAGAGCUCUAUGCCAGCAAUGAAUUCCUUCCCUUAGAUGACUCGAAGGAUUCCGAUACUGCCAACAAGCUGACGGCUGGUGUGCACAAUACUCGAUUGACUUCCACGUUCAAUUAUCCUAAUGAUCAAGUUGAGGAACUUGACCUUAUCAACAAAGUCGAUCUUGACUUCAGAAUUACCAGUGCAGAACAUAAGCCUGGGUACAAGCGACCGGACACAGAAAUUGAAGGCAGCAUGUCAAAUGUCAAUCUACGCAUUACAGAGGCCCAGCUUAAGUUCAUCCUUGAACUUUCGCGCUCGAUCCCUGAGGCUUUCGCUACUGAUCCAGAUGACGAACUUGAAGAGCAUGUCAAGGAAGAGUUGCCGGCGACUACAGUCCAAGAUGCCAAGUCAAUUACCGGUGAUUCGACAGACAUACAAGAGGAACAACCUCAGUCUCCCACCCACCUCGGUCCAGAGAUAGGUUCAGACGAUGAUACUUGGACCAAACUUGAUCUUGUAUUCAAGGUUGGUACCAUCGGCCUCGAACUCAUUUCAAGUAAACCUGGAAAGCCCGUUGGAGACCUCACAGCCUCUAGUCUGUCGAGAUUCUCACUCAACGAGACUCACGUUAAGCUACGCAUGGUUAGUGACGGGGCACUCGAGUCAGAGCUUUUGGUUCAAUCUUUCACUAUAACCGACACCCGUACACAUGAGAAGAACAAGUUUAGGAAGAUCAUGUCACUCAUCAAUACCGAUGUCAAGCAGCAAUUCAUGGCCAGUGUGAGUAUUUCUGGAGGCAAGGAGCGCAAUCUGAUUGCUCUCUUGACUAUCGAUAGCCCCAGAAUCAUUCUGGCACUGGAUUAUCUCUUCGCAGUUCAACACUUUGUAAAUGCUGGUCUAGCUACAGAUGAGCCUCUUGUCAUAUCAGAUGAAGACGAAUCAUCGAUUGGCGAAGAAGAUGCAGUCAGCAUAUCUACCGGCACCGAUGUCGCAGGUGUACAGCAGCCUGAAAGCAAACCUACCGACGGUUCAAACUCUAUGAGCAUUUCAUUCCGUGUCAACAUUGUUGAUGCACAAAUCAUCCUCAUUGCAAACCCUGCCAUCACAAAUUCCGAGGCCAUUGUACUUGGCAGCAAGCAAAUCCUCGUUUCUCAGCAACACGUCACAGCUGUUCAAGUUGAUAAAUUAGGCAUGUUCCUUUGCCGCAUGGACAAGUUUGAAACGUCUCAACUUCGAAUCCUCGACGAUUUUAGUGUUCAAACCUCGGUUGACAUGCGCUCAGAAAACAAGCAGGCUCAACUGAUGAGCAUUAUGGUUGAAAUCGAGCCAUUGGUACUGCGUUUAUCCCUGCGUGAUAUCCUCCUGGCCAUGCAAAUCGUGAACAAGGCUUCAGCCAUGUCCGCGAACGACGAUGACCAGGUACUUGCCAAAGAAGGACCCUCCAAGAUUGAUCAACUCAAAGCUCCCUCAAACAGGCCCAAGUCUGGCCGGGCGCCAUCUUCGGCACAAAAGCCUAGAGCUAAUACCAUCGCCACCAAGAAAUCACAUGCUACUGCCGCGCCUAAGGCACCGGCUGAAUCACAAGGAUCGGCAAUGCUAAAGAGGGAGGAGAUGAAAGUCAACCUUCAGGGCAUCCGAGUGGUUCUUAUUGGUGACCUCCAUGAAUUACCAAUGCUCGACUGGAGUGUAAAGAACUUCGCUGUUGAGGUUCGUGAUUGGAGCGGCGCCGUGACAGCAGACACUAGUAUGGAGACAUUCUUCAAUGUUUACAACUUCUCCAAAUCUGCUUGGGAACCUCUGGUUGAACCAUGGUCGCUUGGCUUCCACAUGGCAAAGAGCUUGAAUCCCGAUAAGCUCGCGGUAGAACUCUACUCGCGCAAAUCACUGGAACUCACCCUGACCUCUUCCACGAUUGCAUUGGCAUCCAAAUCAGCUCAGUUCUUGUCCAACGACGAGGACAUCCUUUCCAAACCCCGUGGAUCUGACGCUCCUUAUCGCAUUCGUAACCAAACCGGCUUUGACCUUAAUGUAUGGGCUCAAACCGAAAACAACCAAGAGGGCGCCGCCGAAAAGUUGAGCGACGGAGAAGAGGCUCCUUGGCGCUUCGAAGACCCGAGUACUACCAGAGAGACUCUAUCACCAGAAGGUGCCACUGGCGUCGUUGGUAUCAAGCUCGAAGGCAGCGGCUUUGAUAGUAUCGAGCGUAUUCCUGUCAGUCGUGAGGGUGAGACUCUUUACAACCUCAAACCACGCAAAGACAAGGUACAACACCGCAUUCUGGUCGACGUAAAGCUCGGAGCAGACAAUGUCAAGUACAUAACGUUCCGCUCACCUCUGCUGGUAGAGAACCAUACUCAGAUCCCCAUUGAAGUCGGCGUCUACAGUCCGGACGAAGGUCACUUGCUCAAAAUCGAAAAAGUUGCACCCGGUGAUGCACGUUCGGCCCCUGUAGGUGCUGCUUUCAUGCAUUCACUGGUCAUUCGUCCAGACCAAGGCUUUGGUUACACUUGGUCGAAUGAGCGCUUAUUCUGGAAAGACUUGCUUAAGCGCCCUACACGUACAAUCACAUGUCAGGGGGAACAGCAAGAUUCAUCCCCGCCUUUCUACUUCCAGAUGCAGGCUGUAUACGACAAGAACAACCCCAUCUCCGCCACCUACCCUUAUAUGCGUAUCCGCCUUUCUGCGCCCGUCGAGAUUCAAAACUUGUUGCCAUUCGACUUCAAGUAUCGUAUCUACGACAAGAACACCAAAAAGGAUUGGACAAACUUCUUGCGCAAGGGAGGCGUUAGCCCUGUGCAUGUUGUCGAGCUCUCGCAUCUGCUCUUGAUGAGUGUUGACAUGCAAGACACACCCUUCAAGCAGAGUGAAUUUGCCAUCAUCAAUUCCACAGGACGCGAUGACUUCCGUCGUGAAAAGACACUUGUCGUAAAGGACAACCAGGAUUUGACUCUGAGACUCAAGUUGCACUACUACAAUGUCCCCGACAGUGGAGGCGCUUUCAAGAUCACCGUCUACAGCCCCUACGUCGUUCUUAACAGAACAGGCUUGGGACUUGACAUUCGAAGCAAGACCUACUUUGGUGCUGCCAAGUCCGCAGCUGGACAAACCACCUUCAGCAAUUCAGAUGAAGCACGAAAGCCUGUCCCAUUCAUGUUCUCUUACCCUACCGAUGAUCAAAAGAACCGAGCACUCAUCAAGGUCGAUGGCUCGGCUUGGAGCAAGCCAGUCAGUUUCGAGGCCAUCGGUUCUACCACAGAUGUCACAGUUGCUGCAGAGUCUGGUCGAUCGGAAAUGCAUGUUGGCCUGACUGUUGAAGAAGGCGAAGGCAAAUACAAGUUGACAAAGGUUAUUACCAUUGCACCUCGAUUUGUGGUGCGAAACAAGCUUGGGGAGGACCUCAACAUCAGGGAACCAGGCUCGUCUGAUGUGACAACUUUGAAACCACAAGAUCUUCAUCCUUUACGAUUUUUGAGACAGUCGAGCGGUCAACAACUGUGCCUUUGCUUCCCAGGCGUCAACAACAAUUGGUCGUCUCCCUUCAACAUUGCCAAUGUUGGCAGUGUCCACGUCAAACUGGCUAAGGCUGGUGAAAGACAGAAACUCAUCCGAGUGGAGAUUCUAAUGGAGAAUGCCACGAUUUUCCUGCACAUUAGCCACGAGACCAAGCAUUGGCCCUUCUCCAUCCGCAACGAGAGCGAUGUCGAGUUUAUCUUUUGGCAGGCGAACCCCAACGUUGAUGAAGACGAAGACGAACGCACUUCUGGUUGGAAGCCUAUCCGCUACAGACUACCACCUCGAAGUAUCAUGCCGUAUGCCUGGGACUAUCCUGCCACCAAGAAUAAGAAUCUCGUGCUAAAUGCAAAGGGCAAAGAGAGACAUGUCAAGCUUGCAGAAAUCGGCAACCUCAUUCCAAUGAGAUUGCCUGCAGCUGAAGGUACCAACCGACAGAAGAUUAUCGAUCUCAAUGUCGCUGCCGAUGGUCCCACCCAAACUCUUGUCUUAUCCAACUACAAACCAUCAAAGAGUNNUUUGUACAAGCAAAAGGCUGGCUCGGCUUCUCAGUCGAAUUCGACCGGUUUCGAGGUCAAGGACUUGGACGAUCACGUCACUUUGAGCGCUCAAAUCAGGUUUGCUGGUUUGGGUAUUUCACUCAUCAAUCGUCAACUCAGGGAACUCGUCUAUGUCACCCUACGCGAUAUCGAUUUAUCCUACAAGGAUUCACCUCUGUACCAAACCGUUUCCUCCACCAUCAAAUGGAUCCAAGUUGACAACCAACUUUAUGGAGGCAUCUUCCCACUGAUAUUCUAUCCCAGUGUGGUUCCCAAGACUGGUAAAGAGAUGGAAGCUCAUCCCAUCUUCAAGGCCGCCAUCACACGAGUCAAGGACGACUCCUAUGGUGUGCUCUACAUCAAGUACUUUACAUUCUUGAUGCAGCAAAUGACCAUAGAAAUCGAUGAAGACUUCAUCUUUGCCAUGCUCGACUUCACAAAGAUUCCAGGCGCUUCUUGGUCUGAAGAGAAAGAGGGUCAACUUUGUGACGAGAAACUGGACAUCCCCGAACCCAAGCAAGAAGAGGGUGGUCAAGACAUUUACUUUGAGCUGUUACAUCUGCAACCCAUGCAAUUUGAUCUAUCCUUUGUCAGAACCGAAAGGAUCAACGCAGAGGAUACUGGAAGCUCGUCAUCCAAUCCUUUCAUGUUUGCUGUCAACGUUCUCACAAUGUCCAUUGGCAACGUCAACGAUGCACCCAUUCGUUACAAUGCUCUCAUGUUGGAGAAUGCCCGAGUAUCUGUUGGUGCUUUGGUCGCUGCAAUCAAGAGCCACUAUGUUCAAGAAUCUCUUCGUCAAGUCCAUAUUGUUCUUGGCUCUGCAGACUUCUUGGGUAACCCGGUUGGUCUCUUCAAUAAUAUCAGUUCUGGUGUUGCAGAUAUCUUCUACGAACCAUACCAAGGUCUCGUCAUGACCGAUAGACCUCAAGAUCUUGGUAUCGGCAUUGCAAAGGGCGCCAGCAGUUUCGUCAAGAAGAGUGUCUUUGGCUUCUCCGACAGUAUGGCCAAGUUCACCGGCAGUAUCAGCAAAGGUCUCGCAGCUGCAUCCAUGGACAAGGAGUUCCAAGACCAGCGCCGCAUGUCUCGUUCACGCAACCGACCAAAGCACGCCUUGUACGGCAUCACGUCUGGAGGUAAUGCCUUCGCGAACAGUAUGGCAAGUGGUAUUGGUGGUCUUGCCAGACACCCACUGCAGGGCGCCGAAAAAGAGGGUGCUCUUGGAUUUGUCAAGGGUGUAGGAAAAGGGUUCCUUGGUCUAGCCACCAAGCCCGCCAUUGGAGCAUUCGAUUUGGCAUCUAACAUGGCCGAGGGUGUUCGCAACACUACAACAGUCUUCGAUCAAGAAGGUCUUGAUCGUGUGCGUUUGACACGUUUCAUUGGACAAGAUGGCAUCGUUCGACCUUACAGUCAACGUGAAGCUUUGGGUCAAUUCUGGCUCAAGACUCUGGACAAUGGCAAGUACUUCCAAGAAGACUACAUUGCGCACAUGGAAUUGUCUUCAGGAAGCGGAACACAGUCGACUCAAGCACGCAACAAGAGUGCAACCGCCGAAAGUCCACGCAUGGUCAUGCUUACCUACAACGGCAUCAUGUUGGUCCAGACCAAGAAACUCGUGACAGAGUGGGACGUGCCCCUCAAGGAUAUCCAAACCAUCACCAAGGAGCGUACGGGCAUGAGCAUUGUGCUCAAGGGAGGACAUAACGGACCAUUCGUUCCUGUCGCAGAUGAGCAAAGUCGAAACUGGCUGUAUCGACAGGUAGCAGUGGCAGUCAACGCGUAUAAUGACCGGUACAAUGCCAAGGGUUGA